AUGGGCGGCGCCCUGUCCCUCUUCACCAAGCUCCUCUGGACGAAGAAGGAGAUUCGCAUUUUGAUUCUCGGCCUUGACAACGCCGGAAAAACCACGCUUCUAUACCGACUCAAAAUCGGCKAGGUCGUUACCACAAUCCCUACAAUCGGCUUCAAUGUCGAAUCCGUCAUAUACAAAAACCUAGCAUUCAACGUAUGGGAUCUAGGCGGUCAGACAUCCAUUCGACCGUAUUGGAGGUGCUACUAUGCGAAUACUGCGGCUGUUGUGUUUGUGGUGGACUCGACCGAUACGGAACGGCUAGGAAGUGCUGCAGAUGAACUACGGGCGAUGCUGGAUGAGGAGGAGUUGAGGGAUAGUGCGUUGCUGGUGUUUGCGAAUAAGCAGGACAGUCCUGGCGCAAAGGGCGCGGGUGAGAUCAGUGAAGUACUUAGGUUGGGCGAGCUGAAGGAUCGGAACUGGAGUAUAGUGGGCUGUUCGGCAGUAACAGGCAAGGGCGUCACAGAAGGCAUGGACUGGCUUGUUAACACGGUGGGCGAGAACUCAUGA